AUGAGGUUGGACUAGAUUUGUUUGUCUUAAUAUCUUUAGAACUACUGCCAAACUAAGGUUAAUUGUGGUGAUAAUUUAAUUUUAUGUGAAUCCUAUACUUAAUUCUAAAGGUAAUCUUAUACUUAAUUCAAAUGGUUUGCUAAUUAAACAAAAAAGAUUGCACAGAAUUAGUUGUUAAUUGUGAGUCAAUUACCAUUACAGAAUAAUGUGUAUAUGGCAGUGACAUAAACUAAUGGAGUUAAAACAUUUUUUUGGGAUAAAACUAAUACCAACUACAACGAAAAACAUAUGUAAAUUCACCUAAGAAGGUUAUGCUGCUUAGUUUUAUUAGUGACAGGUGAUGAUGUGCCUAAUAAUGAUUAGGCAGUAGGGUUGAAAGAUAAAGAGAAAAAUUCACUUUGUGUAGUUGGUAGAAUAUGUAAAUUGCUUUUGAAAUCCUGCAACUUUAAAAUUUUUUGAUAGAAAUUUUUGAGUUAAUAUAGAUUAAGUAAAUGUAUUCAGUUGGAAAUUUCUAGCAGUGGAUCAUGUGCUACUAGAAAAUAAUGCAGUCAUUUCUGCAACUGCUUCUGAUUUUUCAAUCAAUUCUUUUAUUGAACAAUAAUUAUACAGGAAGUAAUGGCAAGACUAAGGCAUGUAAAACUACAGUGUUACUGACCAUACAAAUGGAAAAUUUGUGAUUAUAUUGUCCCUACUUAUAUAACUAAAUCAGCUUAUUUUGUUAGUCGAGCAUGCAAUAGAACACAACAAGAUUACACUUUUUAAAGUUCAUUCUUAAAAUGCUACAGCCCAACUAGCAAUAUUCAUUACUAUGGAAAGAACACAUUAUGAAAUAUUGCAAGUAAAUAUUAAUUAAAUCAUUAUUAUGUAAAGUAAAGCAUAGGUAUUUGUAUAGGAAGUUGGUGAAUAUUUAAAUGGGAAGAGAAAAGGGAAUUGGAUAUAUAUUUCCAAUAAUAAAAAAAGUGUUCAUUUUUAUGAAUUUUAUAAUAAGGAUGGAUAAUACAAUCAGUAAGGUUAAAGAGUUGCUAAAUGGACAUAUUUAAAUGAUGAUUUUAAUAAAAUAUCUCAAGUUGCUUUUGAUGGUGAAUAUAAAAAUGGUAAAAAAGGUGUUUAAUUGGAUAUUUCGAAUAAAGAUUAUUGUUAUAAUAAACUUAGAUAAAUGUAAAUACUUUAAAAAUAUUAUAUCUAAAUUUAACGGUUGUGGCUUAUAUGA